AUGGAUUUUGAGGGGCGUAAGAGCCAGAGAAGCGAGCAGGAGAAAACUACGAUCAUCCAUUUCCGGAAGAGCCAAGGCAGCAGGGGCAGAGGUAAAAUAUCCCGCAUCGACGCUAAACUAUCAUAUGAAGUGCUGAGCCCUUAUGAGGAGAAGGAUAAACGGCAAAACACGCCCCGUGAAGAGCUAUGGGGGAGUGCCCGGACAUCUCCCUCCCCACCCCUUAUGGUUGACUUCAGCAGGGAAUCCCUUGCCGCCUCAAUCUGCCCCGAAAACCCUGUGUGA